CUCUCUGCCCGAAUUCGAAGCUUCUCUUCCUCACUUCUCUCUCUCUCUCUUUUCAAUUAUUUUUCUUCUCCGAUGGGCUUUCCGGUGGGCUACGCGGAGGUCUUUUUCCCCAACCCCUUUAUUCAAACGCUGGCCUUCCUCGGCUUCCUCCGAAACCUCGUAUUCCUCCUCUUCGACACCCUCGGACUCUCCGACUUCCUCCAGACCGACGUCGCCUGGCCGGACCCCGCCGCCCCCGACGCCGCGCCGCGCCCGCCCUCCGCCUCCGCGCUGCUGAUCCGCGAGCUGCUGCCGGUGGCGAGGUUCGGGGACUCCGAGGAGAGCGCGUGCGCGGUGUGUCUGUUGGAAUUCUCCUCGGAGGAGGAGAUUCGGUGCAUGAGGAACUGCAAGCACAUUUUCCACCGCGCCUGCGUGGACCGUUGGAUCGAUCACGAUCACAAAACCUGCCCUCUCUGCCGCUCUCCCUUCGUGCCCGAUGAUAUGCUCGAUGAUUACAAUCAACGGCUCUGGGCCGCUUCUGGAGUCACCGAGUUUUACGCUGACUACACUUCCUCCUUCUGAUUCCCACCCCUCAUGCAUCCAUCCUCAAACUCAAAUGUAUAUAACAAGACCAAAAAUAAAAAUAAAAAAACAAAAGAAAAUUUUGAACAUUACACUUUUUUUGUUGCUACUCUUGUUAUUGGUGUGUUGUCUCCAAAUUUCAUCCUCUGCUGCCACUGCAUAUAAUUGCUGUACCAUGGUAGAUAGUAAAUUAGUAAUACAACAGGGUUUAAAGUUAAAUUACAUUUUUG